AUGAGAGUGUUUCUGGAUAAGUGUUCUUUCCUACAAAAAAGUUGUUUUGAUCCAUUUUGGAUUCAUAAGAAGACAGUGAAGUGUAGCCUCAGAGAAAUUGAUAUAAAAUCAGUAUUGAAAGUGAAUCAGUGCAUGGGACUUAACAUGAAACCAGGACAAAAGUUAUGUUCCAGGUGUGUUACAUUACUAAAAAAUGAAGAAUAUUCUGAUAAUUUACAUGACAGUGACGAAGAGGAUCAGCCACCUACAACCACAGCGGAUGAGCAAUUAAAUACUUCUGUGACUGCUCUUGGUUUGUCUUCCAUGAAGACACACAAAGUUGGGAAAAAGAGACAGGCCCAGCUAUGCUGGUCUAUUGACUACACUGCAAAGGAAUUCAAUGUUUCUACAUAUAUGGUAAAGCAAGCUAGGAAAGUAAAAACAACCCAAGGAAUGCUGUCACAACUUCAGUAG